AUGGCUUUCUCUAAAUCCAUCGCCUUUUUUGCUGCCCUUCUGGUGGUGCUACCCAUGGCUGCUUUGGCCUUCGGCUGGGACAACAUAGCCCCUACUAUUGCCGGUAGCUACUUCAUCCUCUCUCUCUCUCUCUCUCUCUCUCUCUCUCUCUCUCUCUCUCUCUCUCUCUCUCUCUCUCUCUAUACUUAUAUGAAGUGUGCGAAAAAGUGGAGUGUGGACGGGGGAAAAUGCAAAUUUGAUGUGGAGGAUCCAUUAGGCUUCACCUGCGAGUGUGAGGCUGGUUGGAAGCGAACCCGUGACGGAGACGAUGACCUUAAGUUUCUCCCCUGUGUGAUUCCCAACUGUACACUUGACUACAGCUGCCAGCCAGCUCCACCUCCAGUUCCUGCUAAAGAAAUUCCACGCAACUUGUCGGCCUUUGACCCUUGCUACUGGGUUUACUGUGGAGAAGGUAACUGUGUGAAGAACGAAACAUAUGCACAUACACCUAUCUGUGAAUGCAAAUCAGGCUUCUCCAAUCUUCUUAAUGUCUCAGCAUUCCCUUGCUACAAUGAAUGCACACUUCAACCCGACUGUAAAAGCCUUGGAAUUACGGUUGCUAAAUCAACUUCUACAGACAAUAAUCAAGCUACCUCGUUUUUGCCAGGAAAGUUGCAGUUGAUGACUAUGGCUAUGGUCUAUGUGGGUAUGAUUCUGUGGAAGUAG